AUGAGAAAUAUCAAGGAAGCACGGUUCCUAAGGCCAAUGAGAUCCGAUCCUAGCCAGAGAGAUCCUAAUUUAUGGUGCAAAUAUCAUGGGACUAAUGACCACCAAACUCGGGAGUGCCAACGUCUGCGCGAGGAGGUGGCAAUGCUGUUGAAGAACAUCCAUCUCAGGGAAUUCUUAAGCGAUCGAGCCAAGAAUAAUUACGGUCGUAGCCGAGACAACAUAGAACCCUCGAAGAUAAGGGAAGACCCUCCUCGACUAACUAUCAACAUGAUUUUUGCGAGGAACAAGAUCAACGCUGUAACUUUCUCUCCAACCAAGAAGACAAAGGUAUCAGUGACUCACAAUAAGAGACUCCAGAAAGUCGCCGAAGACGACAUCACCUUCACGGAAGAAGACGCAAAUGGACUUCUCCUACCGCACAAAGAUGCCCUGGUAAAUUUUCUUUAUGUUCUAGAUUUCAAAAUUAAACGUGUCUUGGUUGGCCUAGGAAGUUCAGCCAACAUUAUUCAAUGGAGAGUGCUAGAACAAGCCAAGCUAACUAGAAGUAUCAUUUCGGCAACAAAAUUCCUCGCCGGAUUCAACUUAGCAAGUGUGACGACUCUGGGGGAGUUCUUUCUGCCUACGAAUGCCGAAAGGGUCAUGAUGACCACCUUAUUUGAAGUAGUGGACAGAGACAUGGGCUACAACAUAAUUCUCAGCAGACUAUGGUUACAUGAGAUGAAGGGCGUACCAUCAACAUAUCACCAACUACUGAAAAUCCCGACUCCAAAGGGAAUCAAACAAAUAAGAGGAGGUCAACUGGCAGCAAGGGAAAUGAAUGCGGUAUUGGUUUCUAGUAGUAAAGGGAAGGAACUCAACUCAUAG